UUUGUUUAAAGGUGAUAGAGAUGGGCAAAUGAUUGAAAUUCAAAACAGAAGAAAACCUAAGACUGACCAACCUCAAAUAACACUCUUGAUUUCCUCUACGAUCCUCCAACAUGAUUUCACACAUCAAAAAUCAUUUUAGGAACUCCAAGCAACCCCAGACAGCCAUGUAUAUUUACUAGACUACCAACUGAUUCCAGCAACCUAGCCAAAGACACAAUCUCUGAUUUUGACACUUUGCUACCCUUAUUUCUUCACAACCUUACCAUGUAUAAGUAUACGUAUACCUAUCAUCGAAUAUAUAUUCUACAUAGAUCGAUUGAAUAUGGCCAAGGAAGGCGAGCCGUGGGAGUGGAGGAUGAGCUUCCCUGAUGGCAUGUCAAUGCUUUUCGUCUCCGAGUGCAUUCCUCACACCCCUGGAUUCGUUGUGGGCUUGUUGGGAUUGAUGCAAAGUGGUUGGAGAUAUGGAACGAGCGAGCCUCGGAAGAUAAUCCAUUGUUUCAAAGUUGGGAUGGCUCUGUGCCUCGUCUCCUUGUUUUACUAUGUUGACCCUUUGUAUGAAGGAGUCGGAGGGAACGCUAUGUGGGCUGUCCUCACAGUUGUUGUUGCUUUCGAGUACACCGUAGGUGCAACCAUUUGUAAAUGUGUGAACAGAACAACUGCAACGUUCAUCGCCGGGGCCCUGGGUGUUGGUGUGCAUUGGGUAGCUACCCUGUUUGGGAAGGAGUGGGAGCCCAUAAUCCUCCAAGGCUCAGUUUUUUUCUUCGCUUCAUCAACAACUUUCCUUCGGUUCCUCCCAUCAGUGAAAACACAUUUCGACCAUGGAGCUCUCAUCUUUAUCUUUACCUUCAUACUCGUCUCAGUGUCUGGAUAUCGCAUGCCAGACUUGUUUGACUUCGCACAACACAGACUGUCCAAUGUUGCGAUUGGCACCUCCAUCUGCGUUGUCACCAGCAUCUUCUGCUGCCCUGUUUGGGCGGGAAACGAGCUUCACAGCCUCAUUCUAAACAACAUGGAAAAACUUGCUGACUCUUUGGAUGCAUAUGUAGCAGUAUACCUCCGGGAUGAUGCAGAUGACAUGAAGAAGGAAGCUUCUAAGGAGAAACUGGUAGGAUACCGAAGCGUUCUUGAUUCCAUGUCUACCGAAGAAUCCUUGGUUAAUUAUGCGAGAUGGGAGCCUGCUCAUGGAGGCUUCAGUUUCAAACAUCCUUGGAAGGAUUACCUCGAGCUCGGGGCUUUACUCAGAAGCUACGCUAACUGCAUCGACACCCUCUCUGGUAUUGUCUCGGACACAAAGGCACCAGCUUUCUUGAAGAGGCAUUUCAGCACCGUGUGUCUGAAGCUGAGCUUGAAUUCCUCAGCAGUCCUACGGGAGUUGGUGGUCGUUGUCCGCACAUCAGCAGAAUCACCCAAGAUCGGUCUUAGGCAAAAAGAGAUGUGUGUGGCAGUUCAAGAACUACAUAACACUCUCAAGGUGCUGUCUAACCAAAACACUGUGGCAACAGAAACGAAACCAGAGGAGUUUAGUGAAGGCAAGGGAGAGUCUGUCUUACCAUUUGUGGCCAUCGUCCAGCUAGUCACACUGUCAUCACUGUUGAUAGAGAUAGUUGCAAGAACAGAGAAACUAGUAAAUGCUGUAAAUAUACUGGCUCAUAAAGUAACUAAUUCAGAGUAGCUAGAAAAAGAGAAUCAGUUGAUAGCAUAAUCCAGUUGUGUGAAUGAUAACAGUUUGAUGAGUACAUGAAUGUUAUCUGAGAA